AUGGCCACACAAACGGCGACUCAAGCAACUCUUCAGUUGCUUCAAACUCGUGAAAAACUUCUACAUACCCAAUCGCCAUACCCCCGGCCUCUUUCAGACACAACUGAGAUUCUGGACACGGAUUUUGAGUCCGACUCCUACGAGGACUACUCCUUUGGUCCAGGACACCGAAGCUCUGGAUCUCUUACUGGCAGUGUAACGACAGCCUCCACCCCAGAUGACAUCAAGACCCCCGACUCCACAGGUCUUACAGGCUUCCAUUUUCACAUCGAUGAGAACCCGGUGGCUGGUCCUGUAGGACCACAUCUUUUCAGACUUUCGGCCGAUUCCACCCCCUCGAAAGAGCAGUCUGUGGAAGUCGAGCUGAUUGUGGAAGAUGCCCCGCUCAGUGCCACGACUCCUCUCUACAGCUCCGCCUCCAAGCUGGAACCUGAGAGACGAGACACCCCUGUCCCACUGAACCCUAUGAAGCAGACGAAAAGUGAAACGCGGCCUGAGACGGUAACGUCGAACGACCGCACUUCGGAGCCUUCAAACACCAAUGUCGCAAGCUGGUCGCCUCAAGAUGUCGUCAUGUGGAUGCUUCAGCUGGGUUUCGAGGACAGUAUCGUUGAAAAGUUCUUCAUCAACGACAUAUCUGGUGCUAUCCUUCUCGAGCUUCAGGCCGACGACCUCAAGGAACUUGAUAUCCAGUCUUUCGGGAAGCGGCACCGCCUGAUGACCUCCAUCCGACAGCUCAAAAACAGUGCAUCGCUUUCUGUCAAUGACGUUCAGGCCGCAUGGGAUCCUUCAUCUCGUGAGGACACCUCGACACCUCAAACAACUGCCGCGGACGUUGGUACCAAUUGUUGUACAAGCCCCAUCACUGACGAAGAGCGCCCGGGUUCCAGAAACAAGCAGCACAAGCAGCGUCGUCGCCACAAGCGCCGGCAAGGAUCCGAUAUUGUGCCCGAGGACUCAGUCUCCAUUGUCGCAAUUGAGCAACUGUUGCCGCGAAUGCACACCUGUUCUAAGGGAGAGAACUGUCGCAAAUGGCAGAAGCAACAGGCCAAAUUGGCUCGCUUAGCCAAGGGGCUCCCAAUCGACUCCAUCGGCGGCUCUGUAAUUGUCACCGGCGAUCCAGGCAAUGCUGCUACUGCACAGGCCAUAGCGAAGACCCCCAAGUCAGAUGUGACCCCCUCUGUUAUUGCGUCGUCCGAUGUUCUGGGGCCCAACCAGGCCCCCGAAUUUCAGCUCUCCAAGGAGAAGCUCAGUGACGUGCGACCCAGAGAUCCCCAGGAGAAUGUGCGCAACUUCUUGAAUUUCCAACGCUUGAGCAGACUUCAGCCAGUGAAUGAUCCUGCCACUCCACCCAGGGAGUUCUUCCCCUCUCCCGAGUCGGAUUCGCCUAAUUCCGCGAAGGCGAAUGCCAGUCUCGCCGAGAAUCUUCGUCAUCUUCCUAAGCUUCGGAUUCCCAGCACCCACAACUCAUUGGCAAGCUUGACUAUGUCCCCAAAUUACUCGGCCCAGCGUACCAUCACUCCAUCCGUUCUGCGCAAAAAGCAGCUCUUUGGUCUACCCAACCCUCAAACGUCGCCCAACCCAUAUUCCUCUAUAGCUUCUCCCUCUGACUACUAUCGGCAAGAUCCUCAUUACGGACAAACUACACCAUUUUCCGAGAUGGAUGUCCCUGUUACGGCUAUCCCAUUGGGUCCAGUUGCUCGGAACUGCUCACAGUCAGUUCCGCCGAAUAUGCGCUUUGGCAAUCAAGGUUAUGACAUGCCCGAUCCGAUUUCACGGCCGGCAUCCACCAAGGGAGAGAAUCAUCGCAGACAGCCUUCUCACCAGAACAAUACCGCACUUUGUCCUCUGGACGAAGUCGAGGCUCUCGGGCCUAUUGAUACUCCUGAAGAUCUUGAUCGAACCCCCCGAGCUGCCCACUGCAAGACUCCCUUUAGCCCUGGUGGUCACCACGCCAAUGGUAUCAUUCACAGUGGUUGGAUGAAAAAGCGCAAGACGACCCGCCUCCUGCGUCACGAGUGGGAGGAUCACCAUUUCACCUUGAGGGGUACUCAGCUAGCUAUGUACUCAGACGAGGACGCUUCUCGACGUGACUCGAAGGCUCUUGAAUAUAUUGAUGUGGAUGACUAUGCCGUUGCGUGUUCAUCUCUUGCGUCCAGUUCCAAGUUGACCGCCGCUUUCAAGAAGACAGUCUUGAAGCGCAAGGAUAACACCCAAGGCGAAACCGCCUUUGCUUUCUCUCUGAUCCCUUCUCCUAAUGGGAGCAACGAUCGCAAGAACAUCUUUACUCAGGGUUCCAAGGCGCAUCACUUUGCCGUGAAGACCCGAGAUGAGCGUAUUGACUGGAUGAGAGAGCUGAUGCUCGCCAAAGCACUGCGACGAGGUCGCGAAAGUGGAGCUACCGUUAAUCUGAACGGUAAUCCCCUUUAA